AUGCCUUUCGUGGUAUCGACUAGUGUAGAAAAGCCUGAUCCAGAGGUGCGCAAGCUCAUCAGGAGCCAUGUGAUGUUGGGAAAGAACCAGGGGAAGACUCGGUGCUCAAGAAGGCGAGAGGCGAGCAAUGUAGCAGACAAAUCCAGCCCUAAUGAAGAUCUGGGUGCGCCAUCAGCAUCGUUCAUCACGGCGUCUCACUCUGUCAUCCCUCCAAAAAUCGGCUCGGAUCUAUCCACAAUUCGAUUUGCCGACGCUGUAGAGCCUUCCAAGGUGGAGUUCGUUCUGCGCUUCUCUUCCAUCGCUAAACAAACAUUGUUCCCCCUGGAUUCUUGCAUACUUUUCGAAAAAAGGGAGGAAGCAUGGAUGGAGCCUCUGACAUUUGACCCGGCCUUCCUCAACGCCAUGAUUUUCACAACACUAGACUAUUUCGACUCCAUGCGGCAUCGCAACCGCUACACGAUGAGCCAGCAGACGUUGCCGCACUAUCUGAGGACACUCCGACUUCUCCGCGAAAGGUUACUACAUGAGAAUGACCAGGCUCUUACGACCCCCACGGUAUCUGCGAUCUUAGCCCUAGCUGCGCAUGCACACUUCGUGGGUGAUUCCGAGUCCGCUAAGCAUCAUUUAGGAGGUCUUCGCAAAAUAGUCAGCUUGAGAGGAGGCGUAGCCACCUUCAGCGACAAUGCAAAAUUGCUGGUUGAAAUCCUCCGGUGCGACAUAGGGAUAUCAUUUCACAGUGGCUCAAGACCGUUGUUCUUCAACAAAUCUUCUUCCCAAGAGCCUUUUCUACCGUAUCCGGACCAGACGUUGCUGUUCAAGUCGAUGUUGAAGACUACGGUAAGACAGACUCAAUACGAUUCGGAGAUCUUCCUUCGCGACAUAGACGACGAGCUCGCAAGUGCCUGGAGGGUCAUGGCGGGAUUUUGUCUAAUGAUCAAUCUCGCUGCCGAAUCCAAGAAUCGAAUCGCUACAGAAACUUUCCUAGACACCAUGGCUUCAGUUAUAUAUCGACUGCUCGAUAUGACUCACUUCGAAGCAGGCUCUACUGAGGAAGCUAUCCGCCUAGGUCUUCUCGCCUUCUCAUCUAGCAUUUUCCUCCAGUGGAAACAGCUUGGGAUGUCUUAUGAUCAUCUAGCCACUACGUACAGAGAAUGCCUUGCCGAGUUGAGAGUUUCGAGUAUUCCUUCUCGGCUUCUGCUUUGGCUUCUCAUGGUUGGAGCUGUGUCGGUCUUUGGGUGCGCCGACGACAAGUGGUUGAAGCCUUGGUUGCGCGUCAACAUCGACCUGGGCGAGGUGGAAUCAUGGAGUGAUAUGCAAGACAUUUUGAAGCCUCUCAUGUGGAUUGGGUUGGUACUGGACGAGCCUGGGAAAGAUGUGUUUGACUCAUCGUUCGUGUACGACCUAGUCACUCCUCCGCUUGACCACUCGCCCAUGUCUAUAGGCAGUCUGUAA